UUCUCGACUCUUCUAAAAAAGUGUCUCACAAAAAACGCAAACGAAAAAGGGGGGAUUUCAAAACUGAAAAGAGGAUAAUGAUAACAAGAAGCCACACCCAGUAGAGAAAAGGUUUAAAGCUAAAUUCUUCCAUUCAAAACGCUCCAGCAACACGCACGCCCACUUUAUUCUUCUCCCUCUCGCCCAAUUCACUCGGCUCUUCAUUUGUAUGAGGGAAUUUUGCUGAACAAGAAGGGAAUUAGAUGGAUUCAGCUUCACUCGAUGAUAUAAUAAACCGGCUGCUUGAGGUAAAAGGGAGGCCGGGAAAGCAGGUGCAGCUCUCGGAGUCGGAGAUCAGACGCCUCUGCUUGCAGUCCAAAGAAAUUUUUAUGCACCAGCCUAAUCUUCUCGACCUUGAAGCUCCAAUUAAGAUUUGUGGGGAUAUUCAUGGCCAAUAUUCAGAUCUUCUUAGACUUUUCGAAUAUGGUGGAUUGCCCCCAAAAUCAAAUUACUUAUUCUUGGGGGAUUAUGUGGAUCGUGGGAAGCAAAGCCUGGAAACAAUCUGUCUUUUACUCGCCUACAAGAUAAAAUAUCCUGAAAACUUCUUCUUACUGCGGGGAAACCACGAAUGUGCAUCAGUCAAUCGUAUAUAUGGAUUCUAUGAUGAAUGCAAAAGACGGUUUAACGUAAGACUAUGGAAAGUUUUCACAGACUGUUUCAACUGUCUACCUGUUGCAGCUUUAAUUGACGAGAAGAUAUUGUGCAUGCACGGAGGACUCUCCCCGGAUCUGCACGAUUUAAAUCAAAUUAGAAAUCUACAGCGCCCGACUGAUGUUCCUGAAACCGGCUUACUGUGCGAUUUACUAUGGUCUGACCCCAGCAAAGACGUCAAAGGAUGGGGAAUGAAUGAUAGGGGAGUCUCAUAUACUUUUGGUCCAGAUAAGGUGACGGAAUUUCUUCAAAAACACGAUCUUGACCUUAUUUGCCGUGCCCACCAGGUGGUUGAAGAUGGAUAUGAGUUUUUUGCUGAUAGACAACUCGUGACAAUAUUCUCAGCCCCAAACUACUGUGGAGAAUUCGACAACGCUGGCGCCAUGAUGAGCGUGGAUGAGACCUUGAUGUGCUCCUUUCAAAUCUUGAAGCCUGCAGAAAAGAAGCCCAAGUUUGGAUUCGGAAGUAGUACUACUACCACUAAGCCAGGAACACCUCAAAUCAAAACGAAGUCAUUUCUUGGAGGCAAGAUGGGAUGAGAAGAUGAAGAAAACUGGCGCUCGUGACCAAAGAUGAGCAUCGAUCGUUGUUUGGAGAGGAGGAGGAGGAGAAGUAAGCUUAGGAGUUUUUCAUCCUAGGAGACUUGCAUCGUUGUGAUAUCUUGUAUCUAAUGUGUUAUAUAACAUCAAAUAUAUUGGGAGUUUAAAUCAAAAAUACUUUUAUGACA